GGUCAGGCUAGGUUCGCGCGUCAGCGCGUGCCUGAGCUGCAUCAGUUGGACGACUUGGACGAUGACACAGGUUAUGGUCAUGUAUCUUGAAUAACGCAGUAAACAACUUUACUCACUCUUUUUAUCACCUAUGCGGUCAUCCACGGGGAACGCCCAUGGGAACCGAGCACUGUGAGGUGAUCCAUUUCAAGUUGACCUGGGUGAACCCAGAGUAACGUAGAGAAACGCGCGUUUUUGGCGGAUAAACUGACGUUUAUCGAAGAGUCAAAUGCCACGCCAAAAAAUGGCAAAUACCGCGGUCACGCACAAGGCCAAAGAGGAGGAUAUUCUCGAGUGUUUCCUUUAUCCCAAAUUCUGUUACGCGUCCGACCCGGACGCGGUAACGGAGGCGAAAUUGAGCGAGGAAAUUGCUAAGUAUAACGAAGAGAUCGCCCCGUUCAUCACAGAUUACAUCUGGCAUGGUGAUAGCUUAAAUUUCCGUCCUAGAACCAAGCAGGCGAUGUUACUGAAUAGAAUCCUCGAAGGAUCAGCAGUGGAGGAAGAUUACCAUAUCUUGCCUCAUAUUUAUGCGAAUCUACGUUUCGACGAGGACAUAGGCGACGAAUGGCUGACAGUAUUCCUAAUAUUUAGGCUUACCAAAGUUUUCGAUGGAUUGAUCGCUAGAGUAGUGGACUCGGAUGGGGAAUUUCUUCUGAUAGAAGCUGCUAAUGUCCUGCCAUUGUGGGCCAGCCCCGAGACGUGUCAGGAUCGUGUGUUCAUUCAUAACGGUGAUAUUCAUGUUAUCAGAGAGAGGGGAACGUCGUUUCCUAAUUUGCUAAAUAAUAUAAAUGGCAAGCCACAUAUCUCCAAGAUGUCUGAAAAGGUACAGCUUGUGUUGCAAAAGCGAAUUGGCAUUUAUCCCGAUGAGAUUCAGAAGAGGAAACAUAAGGCCAGAGCAUUCCUGCCGGAAAAAGCAGCCUCUAUACUUCGCCUAGAACCAAGACUCAUAGCUCCAGUGAUUAGAACUAUUUGUCAUUCGGAUCCACUAGAACGCAAGGUGUGUCGUGCCAUGAGAUAUUUCCCACCAGAGCAGCGAACUAUGGUCAAUGUCAGAAUGACCAAAUGUUUGUACGCGAUGGUGACGCACUGUCGUUAUACCGGUGAUCCAAGAACAGGUUGGAACAUACCACCUGCAACUUGCUCAAAAUACAAUGCUCAUGUCCUCGGAGUUAAAAUAGCAUGUGGUUUAGAGAUGUUAGUAGCUCGAGCCAAUGAGGAACGUAGAAAACGUACCAAGGGACAGUCCCCGGACGUUCCCGAUGAUGCUGAAAAAUUAAAGCUGAACGAACCAGCUUUUAAUGCUUAUCUAGCUCGUUUAGAAGCGAACGGUUACUUUAGAGAUCUGUUGGAAGGUAGCCAGGAACGUGAGAAGCUACUAUCCACAGCAAAAGAGUAUUUCUUGAAGCAUGCGACUUUAUUUGAUAAUCUCUCAGAUUUGUACGAAAGUGAUGCUCAAAAAGUUUUAGAAGCAUGGGAGAACAUUCAAACUAAUGACAUUGAAAUGCAUGCUCAAGAUGAAACUAUGUUGAGUCCUGCGGAUAGCGAUAGUUGGCUGAACGUGGAUCCUGCGCAAUUAGAAACAUAUUUGAACCAACAGUGGGGCAAUAUUAAAGAUAGAAAAUUGGAUCAAGAAUCUUUAAGUCUCCGAGAGAAAGUACAAUCAUUUCUUAAUCAAGCUAGUGAUAUUGAUGGCGUGCAUUUCUUAGGAGAACAAUCGACGGACAAUGACAUGCAAGAUACGGAGGAUGGUGGACGAAUAGAUUUCGACGCGGACGUAUUUGAUAGUACAUUAAGAGGCAUCCUCGAUCUAGUUGUUCCGGGAGGAGAGGGAGAAUUCGAAGGUAGCUCGGAGGGAUCACUAGGCGGUGACGAUGAGGACAAAGGCGGCGAUAUGGACAAAUAUAUGCGACUGUUGGACUCGCAACUGCAAUCGCAAAUGGUAAAAGAUGAGAAUACGGUAGCAAAUGACGACGAUAACACCGCGGAUCCAGUAGAAGCAAAUUUACGAGAAAGUAUCGAAGCGGAGGCCGGCGGUUCCGGUCCGACCGGAAACAUAAUCGGUGGUCCUGCUCGAAGGCUCAUGCACUUGCAAUUGCAAUCGCCCACGACGGUACCGCCCGAUUUACAAAGUUAAUGGCACCUCGACGAGUAAACGAUUAAUAUAGUCGAUUCACAUUAAUGAUCGCAAACAUUAUUGCAAUCUUUCGCUUCAUUCUGCAAAAUACAUAAGCAUUCACCAUUUCAAGGACAAAAAAAGAUCUCAUGGACUAAAGUCUUGUUAUGCUAUAUCUAAAAACUAUUAUAUUUAUUACUU